AUGCUUCCAGUACUGAUCAGGGAACAGGAGAGACUUGUCCAACACAUCCUCCGCCAACCAGCAUGGCACCGUUUCGUCGGAAGAAUUCAUCGACGAGUCGACGAGUUCCAAAACGGCCCGAUGCCAAACCAGUCGACACUGCGCCCGGGUGAGGCGACUGAGGACCCGAACCGACGCGGCUUCGUCUACCAUUUUGUCGAGGAGAUCAAGAGUGCGUUCCGACAACCAAAUGGCCCUCCGCCACCGUCCGGCAAGAAGUGA